AUGAAUGUAAAAAAUCAAGCACACAUUGCACGACCGUUUUCCACGCAUGCUCGGCCUUUCGACCGUCCGACCGCUUCCAGUCGGAAACGAACCCAUUUAAAACCGCAUCAAUUGAAAAUACUUCUUGAAUCGUUUGCCGAUAAUGAGUUACCGGAUGCGGAUAUCCGUUAUCGACUGGCCCAGACUCUGGGCGUUUCCACUCGCACUGUCCAAAUCUGGUUCCAAAACCGUCGGGCCAAGAAGCGCAAACUGGAAGCACGACCAACCACUGCCUCCGGCGGGGUUCAGCCACCGACCCAGGAGGCUGUCAAUUCAUCCACGACCGUGGCCCACAAACCCAUUGCUCCUUCCAUCCUCUCCAAUUACUCGCCUCCUUCCGACUUGCAGCACCUACCUACCGCCCAUCUUCAGCCGGUCUUGCAAGCUAUGCCCUUGCCCACCCCGGGCCUCAAUAGUCAAGAAAAUCAAUUUGCAUUGCCAAUGAGUAAUGCGACAACCAUGGGGCAAUCCAGUGGAAUGCUUGUUAUUCCUGCUCAAAUGCUCCGGAUUGGUAGUUGGAUCCGGUUUGCUCACGGGUUGCCGGAAGCGGCUUAUCAAUGGCAUCUAUUUUGCUAUGGCGAUGCGUCGGAACGUCAAUUUAUUUGGCAAGUGGUAUCGAACAACAACCAUUUCCGGAUUCACAUGAAAUUCGAGGCCAUCAAGGAGUUACGACUCAGUCAACAAUGGCAACCUGAAACAGGCAGCAUGGUAGGACAACUGGACAUGGACCUCGUCGAACCCUAUUUAGCGUUUUCCAUGUGGCGCAUCGGCAUCGAUCAUCAGUGGGUCCGUUGUGGCGACUUUACCGAAGACAAACAAGCCACCUCUUCGAAACUUCACACAUUGCAGGGCAAUCAUGAAGCGUUCAAGCAAGCUCUUCUCGAACUCAUUGCGCAGGCGCCCGAACUCGCUUGCAAAAUUGUCAUUGCUCCGUCUUUGACCCCUUCCUCAUUGACGGCCUCCAUGACUCCGCCCCUCAUGACUUCGCCUCCACCCUUGGAUUUUGGUCGUGAUUUCACACUGUCUCCUUCAGCAACACCGGAAGUAUGCGAUUUGCAAACCUAUUCCAACCAACUGCUUCAAGCCGAUUGGUCUUACUGGAAAAUGACCUCGGGUUUUGUUUAA